CAGCCCCACACGGAAAGUGAACGAGAGGAAGCGAAUAAAACCUGAGUGCUGACGCCAAAUAAAACGCGUUAUUUCGAAUUCGUUUCGUAUAGAAACAUUAAUGUGAAUUUAUCGUUUAAUUGUGAUUGUGCUUUAGGGCGCUUAUUCCGAGAAGCAGCUCGGCAGUACACGUGAAGAGUUGCACUGCUUUUCUCCUGAUGUCUGCCGAAGCUUCUGGUGGGAAUGUGGUGCCAGAGGCCAGCUGUGACCCUCCAUCCCCCAGCCACGGUGUCGAGAAGAAAACAGGACCAGGUCUGGCUGGCAGUAAGUACGUAAAGCUGAAUGUUGGUGGAUCUCUGCAUUACACCACAGUCCAGACCCUCAGCAAAGAGGACAGCAUGCUUAGGAGGAUUUGUGAUGGAAGUGUGGAAGCCACCAUCGAUCCUGAAGGCUGGGUGGUGUUGGACAGAUGUGGUCGGCAUUUCUCCCUUGUACUGAACUUUUUACGGGAUGGCACAGUGCCACUCCCAGAGAGCCAGAGGGAGCUGGAGGAGGUACUAAAGGAAGCUCAGUACUAUAGACUGCAGGGUCUUAUCCAGCACUGCCUUUCCACACUGCAGAAACGCAGCGAAGUUUAUGAGGGAGGCUGUCGCAUCCCUAUGAUCACUUCUGCCAAGGAGGAACAGCGGAUGAUCGCCACCUGCAAGAAGCCUGUGGUGAAAUUGCAGAAUAACAGGGGGAACAAUAAAUAUUCCUAUACCAGUAACUCCGAUGACAACUUGCUGAAGAACAUUGAGUUGUUUGAUAAACUGGGGCUGCGCUUUAACGGUAGAGUGCUUUUUAUUAAAGACGUGCUGGGAGAUGAAAUUUGCUGCUGGUCCUUCUAUGGAGAGGGACGCAAAAUCGCUGAGGUUUGCUGUACCUCUAUCGUAUAUGCCACUGAAAAGAAACAGACCAAAGUGGAGUUUCCAGAGGCACGCAUUUUUGAAGAAACCCUAAACAUACUAAUCUAUGAGAACGGUCGGGGCUCUGGAGGCAUGGGUUUAUUGGACUCGGGUGGUAUCUCGUCUCCAGGGGUGGGUCAGUCAGAGGAAGAUGGGGCUGGGGUGGGGGGUGGAGACAGACGUGUAAGGAGGAUCCAUGUUCGGAGACAUAUUAUGCAUGACGAAAGAGGGCAUGGACAGCAGACUGUGUACAAGGACUGAGCAUGGAUCGAGGGAGAAAUGAUAACUAUGAGUAGUACAAAGUUCCUAAUGGUACUAUAACAGGAAAAUUGUGAAUAAUUUAUAUGCAGGGACUUACUAGAAUGGUUGGGGGAGGGUCGGUUGAGCAAUGAUUGGAAUGAAUCUUUGGUACAGUAACACUGCACUAAGAAAUAAUCUCAUGAGAUUAUUAUUAUUAUGAGAUAGGUUUUUUUUUUUUUUUUUUGAGGAUGAAUGCACAUAAUUUGGAUUUUUUUUCUGCUUCAUUUAUAUUUAUUAUUCUGUUAAUUUAUUGUCCAUAAUUUUCAUCUUUUUUUGUUAUUAUUAUUAUUAUAAGAAUAUGUGUAAAAAAAAAAUGUGUAAACAUUUUCUAUGCGGAUGUGUGUACGUUUUGGGUGAAAGGUGCAGAAAGGUACUUGGACACGACUCACACUAGACUAAUGUAUGAUGCAUGUUCCUGUUAAAGACAAUGUUGUCCUGGACCUUUUCUUAAAUCAAAGUGGUCAAGUGGCUCCUCAGAUAAACACACCAGGGUUUUUCAACUUUAUCCUCUUAACUUUGGUUGUAACAUGUGUAAAUGCGAUAGAUGGGAAUUUCCUGUGUUUCCCAGUACUGAAAGAAAGAUGAGGAAAAACGUUCACUUAAAGCACAUCUAUAAUGAGGGUAUAAGGGCGGUUGCAAAUUCCUGUCAGAAACAUAGUGUAUACAUCAUAAAACUAGAGCUGUGAAGAGACUGACCUCAGACUUAAGUGGUUUAAUGCAACAUUCCAUCACUUUCUAACAAGAUUUAUGUUAUGUUUAUGCCCAAUAAGAGCUCUAUAACUAUUUUGGUAACCCUCAACUACAAAGUCUUUUAUAGGUCUGAAAAAUCCUAGGGGUAAAUAUAUAGUGGUUUAGAUCUUGAUCUUAAAAGUCCUCCGAAUAUGGAAAUUUAUGUUUGCAUGAAUGUUUAUAGAUCGAAACAAACUUAGUCCCCUCAAACUUCCAUUAUUAUUAAUUAUCUGGAACACAUUUACGUUUUGUUUUUUUGUUUUUUUUUAGUGCAAAGAAAAAUAUCAAGUUAUGUUCUAGAAUGAAACAGUGACAUUGAUUUUAAGGAGGUUUAUCUCAGUUUAAAAAUGUGUGUUUCAUCAGUCAGACAGGCAGAGUCUGUGUUUUCUGUUUAAAUCUAAAAAAAAAAAAAGCCCUAUAAACCAGUUGCAAAUCAUUUAAAAAAUGUUUGAAGAUGGACAUGUCUGACAAUUUACUUGAGGACUGACUAGAAAAACAUUAAUAGGAUAUUUUCCUAAAGUCAUAGGAAACUUAUUUUAUGAUGAUUUGGCUAUAGCAGGUUUUCUAUAGCCAGAAAAUCAUCCAAAUGGACUAACAAACCUGGGCAAACCUGAGUUAUCUUUAUGGAUCAUUGUAUACAAAACUGCCAAACAUUGUCGCAUAUCCAGCACAGACCGUCCAUUUUUGGUUUAAGGUAUACACAGACAGUUUGUCUGAGCCACGAACCCUAUUUAUUAUAUUUAAGUAAACAAUUUAUUUGUUUUAUGUGAUGAUCAUUGCAAAAAGAUAAUUUUGUUGAAAAGAAAACCUGUCACUGAGUCACCAUGGUAUAACUUUGUGGAAACACAUUCAUGCAGACGGAGCUGGAAGUGGGUGACUGGAAAUUCAGUUAUGUAUACGACAUUCACUCUUAAUAAUAACAACAUGGAUAUAAAGACUCGUUAUUAACGUCAAACAGCUGUAAAUAGGAUUCAAAGUGUUGUUGCACAUGACCACUGUUAUAUUUUAAGUAUCUCAUGGGAAUUGUUCUUAUUACCAGUGAAACAAUGUAAUGCUUACAUUCAGUCUGGUGUAUUUUAAAAUAAGGAAUACAUGUUCAUAUGUACAGUGUUAUUAAAUUUUGAUGGGUAUAAGAUCUUAAGAUUUAUUCUGUAGCAUGUCAUUGCUGCCCAUAAAUAAUGGUGGUUGUUAUUUUAUUCACAGGUUCAUUAAUAAAAAUAUUUUUUUUUAUA